GUAAAAUGGGACUGACGGGGACUCAUCCUAGCGGGUUGCCGUUUUUCUGUCCAAAUGGAGAUCACUUAACACAGCCUCCACCAGCUCAUAUGGGCAUCCCACCAUACGGAGCUUUAGAUGCCGGCAAGGCUGCCGCGGCCGCCGGUGAGUACUGGCCUGCGGGCCAUCAACGGGCCGCCGGCUCUCCCUCGCAUCCUAGCCCAACCUGGAAACAGCUUCUUAGUGCAGCAGCAACUACGACAGGUCUGACAAGGGCACCGAUGUAUCCAUUCUCCACAAGUCAAUACCCCUAUCCGAUGCUUAGUCCGGAAAUUACUCAAGUUGCCGCUUCCUGGCAUACGCCGAGUAUGUAUCCGAUCUCUCCCGCGAGUGCGGGAUUUCGAAGCCCAUAUCCAACAAGCUUGCCCAUUACUAGUUCAAGUUUACCUAGUGAUCUUUACCGAUUUUCACCAACGGGCCUUAUGCCCCCGCAUCCCGGUCUGAGUCCACACGCGCAUGCGCUAGCAUCUCAUGCAUUGGUUUCCUCUGCUCCGAAAGCGGAUCAUUCUACCUUGGAUCAUAAUCACAGGUCUACGAUAGAACCAAAAAAUUCUGCAUCAUUGCCUGCUGGUGACAACACAAAAAAUCAAGAUACAGGGCAACAAAAUAAUCAAGACAAAAAGAAACCUCAUAUAAAAAAGCCUUUAAAUGCAUUUAUGCUGUAUAUGAAGGAAAUGAGAGCAAAGGUAGUGGCAGAAUGUACGUUAAAAGAGAGUGCUGCAAUAAAUCAAAUUUUAGGACGAAGGUGGCACGCGCUAGGGCGAGACGAACAGGCCAAAUAUUAUGAAUUGGCACGACGGGAGAGACAGCUGCACAUGCAGCUGUACCCUGACUGGUCUUCCCGCGCAAAUACCAACCGAACUAAGAAGAGGAAGCGCAAACAAGACACAAACAGUGAUCCUGGAGGUAAUAACAUGAAGAAGUGUCGUGCAAGGUUUGGACUAGACCAGCAGAGCCAGUGGUGUAAGCCUUGCAGGCGUAAGAAGAAAUGUAUUAGGUACAUGGGGGAAGGAGGAGAGGGUGAUGGCGAUGGCGACGGCGAGGCCGAGGACGAUCAUUCGGAGGACAAUUUGGGUAGCGUAGGUGAGGCCGGAACGCCCGAGGACGAUGAAUCUUUGAGCAGCCCCGGUGGCUUGUCCGGUUUAUCUAGUCUAGCAAGCCCUUCAUUGGUAUUGCCCUCACCCUCGAGUUUGGCCAGUCCCUGUCCCUUGACUCCUCCAGUACUGAUGGGUCCGAGUGGACAUCAACAGCAACAGCCCCAAGCUCAGGUUCAAGCCCAGCAGCAGCCGGCUACACCGCAUCGCAAUCCGGUUGGGACAAACCCACAUGAUAUAAACAAUCCACUGAGCGUUAACCAAUUGACGGGUCAAUGCAUCAAGACGGAGCCGGGUCCGCAGCCCUCUAACCCUGCGAUAAGCGUCACGUAGCCCCGGCUGCAGCUCGCAGGUCGCGGUAGCAAAGAAUAUUCGUCUCUUUAUACCGCGACGCGACGCACAAAUACUCAGGACUCAAGUUGUCCUCCUUACGUUGUGAUGCCAAUGACUGACCAAGUCAUGUUCCUGUGCCAGGUACUAUAUUCUAUUAAGAGUCUACAUAGCGAAAAACAGACAUUAGCUCAAGGAUUAUGCGAUAGCCGAACAUUAUUAUUAUUACUAUUAUUAUCAUACAUUCAUUUUAUUAUGAACGCCUCAUGUGUCAAAGCCUCCAGAUCGAUUCCUAUCCUGUACGAUUGUCGUUUGUUAUUUUUUUAAAAGUCUAUUUGUAAAUCAAUGAUUCCUUCAAUAUCCCAAUAUCCUAAUUCCCUUUUUAUCCUCCCUCUAUUCCUUAUAUAUUCAUAGUUUGCCCUACUUGGGCUUAACUCUUACUUAUUUGUCCACACGUUGAGUGACUUUUUAAAUAGCUUUUUAAAGUCUUCCAUUAUAAAGGUCUAUGAUCCUUUGAAAUUUUUAUUAAACACGAUUUUUACAUUUUUAGUUUAAAGUAUUUUUUUAGUAUUAGGUAGAAAUCGCCGUGAAAGCCAUUUUUGAUUUAUUGGUCUGAGUAUGUUUAAACCAGUGAAUCAGUCGUUUUUUUUAACUAUUUUAAUAUUCUUGCAUACACGCGCACAAAUUGGUAUAAAGGAUUCAUGUACCAUCUUCCUUUGUUCCUCUUUUAUAUCUCUAUUAAAACAUUCCCGAUAUGUGAGGAAUUCAACGUCGAAUAUUUGGUCAGGAAACUAAAAUUUAUUGAUGAAUUAAAAAAUGUUG